CCUCAUCCUUCUGAGCAACAGGGAUGGGGAUUAUUGAUUCCAAAUCUGAGAAAUACACAUGUAAUGGGCUGUUGCCCUGAUGGAUCUCUUGACCUUUAAUAUUCGGUCUCUCUGUUUCCAUGUACUUUUCUCCCUGGUGUCUGCACUGAAUGCAGAUAUGGUAGAUUAGAAGUUGACACUUAAUUAGAUAUAAAAUUUGGGGAGGAAAAAAGAUAAAAGAUUAAACUGUGCAGCUGCAUGUUGCCUAGAAGCAGGGAAAGGCGAGCAGCCAAAUCUCCCAGCUCUUUGUUCCAUCACAUGAGGUUGCUUGGAUAUCAGCUUAUCAACAAACAGGAUUGUACCGCCACCACCCCAUGAAGAAAGGGACCUUGUGGGAAAACUACACUGAAUAUGAAUCCCAGCUUUUUAAAGAGGGGAGAUUACAAUACAGGGUACAGAAUAAAGAUGGGAGAAAAAUGGAAAAGACAACAAAAGCUGCGCAACGUGCCGCAUAUCCCUCGCAUUCGAGUCCCUCGCGCUGCCUCUGACACGCCAUUGCUGAAGGACCUAACCCAAGGGCAGCAGCGCUAUUUUUACAGUAUCAUGAGGAUUUACAGCCCCAGGCCCCAGUGGGAGGCCCUGCAGACCCGCUACAUUCACAGCCUUCAGCACCAGCAGCUGCUUGGCUAUAUUACUCAGCAGGAAGCCUUGGCCUAUGCGGCUGUACUAAGAGAUUCAACCAAAAGGGCCUCAGCCAAGGCAGGUCCUCAUAGAACCGUCCCCCAGAGAGCCGCGGGCAGGACAAGAACACAGCCCUCAGCAAGACCUGUGUGUGUGAUUCCACUCAGGGCCCAAAGCACAAGGCUCCCAUCCCUUAGGUCCAAGGCUGUGCACAAGCUCUGAACAAGUGGGUGCCCAUGUUCCCCUAGCAUCUAGUGAGUAUUGAGUGCAUAUCUGUUGAAUAGGAGUAAAUAAAAGAAUAACAUCUAAUACAAACCCCACACCUGGAAAUAAUCUCUCCCAUUCACAUGCAUGUUGCCAGCAAGAACAAGUAGAAAGGUUUAAGAGCAAUGGAGCUAAGAGUAAGCAAGCCCACAAUGGGAGAAGGAAAGAGUGCGAUGAAUGGAGAAAGUAGCAUCAACGCACACACACACUACCAUGUGCAAAACAGACAGCUGGUGAGAAGUUGCUGUAUCACACGGGGAGCCUGGCCUGGUGUUCUGUGAUGACCUAGAUGGGAGGGAGGGAAGCUCAGGAAGGAGGGGAUAUAUGUUCAGUUAUGGCUGAUUUGCAUUGUUCUUUGGCAGAAAGAAACACAAAGUUGUAAAGCAAGUUUCCUCCAAUUAAAAUUUUUUUGAAGAGUAAGCAAGGCAUGUAAACCCAUGGCUGAUUCAUGUCAAUGUAUGGCAAAACCCAUUACAAUAUUGUAAAGUAAUUAGCCUCCAAUUAAAAUAAAU